AUGGAAAUAAUACUUUCAAAAUCAUCACAUCACUUGGUCAAUCUCUUGUUGUGUGAUUUUUUCGAUCAUGAUCCGAAACAACAAACCAUGUUGGAAAAUUUAUUGGUGAAUGUUUUUAAAAUUCCUCUCGAUUUUAUGAAGAGUUUCAAAAAGAAUUUGAAGGAUAUCAUUUCAUCAACAACUACUACGGAGGGAGAAAUAAAUUCGCGUGAAUUUGUGGAGCAAUUAUCUAAUGAAAAUGCUGAAAGUUUGGAAUCACUAGUUAGGAGUAGUUUGAAAAUUUAUUUAUUGUAUGAACAAGCUAGGUUGUCGAAAGGAUUAACGACAGAAAUUAAUUUUUCCUUCUUGGAUGAAAUUACUAAAGUUACAUUACAUUCACUAAAAAGUGAGCAACAUGAUGAAGAGAAAAAGAAGGCCAUGUCCAUCAUACCAAUUUUAAUUCUGUCGGAAUAUUGUAAUCAUUUCAAUCAUGCCAAACAAAUUGAACAAAUUUUCAAUUAUUGUAUGGAUGGAAGUAAGGGGAAUGAUUUUAUUGAAGUUUUGAGAUUAUGCUGUUCCGAUUAUAAAAUUCGAGCUCUAGAAUUACUCAAAACAGUGAGAGGCGUAUUUGCAUCGAAAAAGGUAUCAAAAAUUGAGGAUUCUGUCACUUGUGGUAGAAUUUUAUUGUUUGUUGCUUCCGUACUUCCAUAUAAUCAUGAUGCCUGUAUCAAUAAGGGUGGUCACUUUAACAAGGAGCAUCACUCAUUGUUGGAACAACAAAUUUUAAAUGAUAACAAUGAGGAUUCAAGCAAUACACAGGAUGAUUUUGAAAUUUAUUGGGGACUUCAAGUGCAUAUAAUUCAAAUAUUGGAACUUCAAUCUACACUUGCAUCAUUCUAUAAUAGUUAUCCAAGAGGAAAUGAUGAAUGUCCAAGUUGGAGUUUAUUUUCGCGUGAAGUUGAUAGAAUAUUGAAAUGCUUGGACACUAGAUUCACAACAAACAUUCAAACCAUGAAACAAUUGAAGAAGAAUAAUCAAUCAACCAACCACGAGUCAGCACUAGUUCAAGAUUUAUUUUCUCCUAUCAAACUCUUAAAGAAUAGAACACUAUUCGAUUUACAAUUAGAUGAUGUUAGAUUUAGGAGACAAGUACUAAUUCAAUUAUUGGUAACAAUCUACAGGUUGUUGGAGAAAAAUUCAGAGCCAUCCUUCUAUUUGAGUGAACUCAAAACCUUGAAGGACAAAACUCUGAAUGUCGUAAGAAAAUACGAUCCAGAAUCAGUCACCUUACUAGAAACUAUUCUCGACAGAGAACGACACUGGUCCAACUGGAAAUCCAAUGGAUGUACACCAUACUUCAAAGAUCAUGAAUCCGUUUUCCCUCCAUCAACUAAGGUUGAUCAAUCCUUCAAGAAUACUGAAAUGGCUAAAUUUUUAACAUGUGACAUUUCUCAAGCAUCUAUUGAUAAGUUUUUAAGGAGCUCGGAUAAUAUUCUCAGAUCGUAUAAUUUCAAAGAUUAUAUUGUUCCUUGUGUAAAGGAAGAAAUUCAUCACUCGUAUUCUGAAAAAAUGGUUAACAGUAGCGUAGUAUUUGUGUGGAAAUCGUGUAGAUUACUUUCAGAAUUUGAUUUGAAAUAUCUUUCCCUAGCUCUGGAAGACUUGAAGAAAGACCACACAAAGAAAUCACAACACUUUUUGGAAACAAUAAGUUUGGAAGUUUCUCCUCCAGAACCCUCCUCAUCUGAAGGUAGUAACAAUUAUGAAAAUUCUGAAGAACCAGAAGAGAAUUCGAAAAAGAGAAAAUCACCAUCAGCAGAGGACGAUGAUGACAAUACAAAUGAAGCAAAGAAGGUUAAAACAGAUACUGAAAAUAAUUUAUAA